GGAAGUGUACUACCCCAACACGUAUCCUGCAGCAUGGAAGUUCCACCCGUAGAGAUAUAAAACCUUUUGAAGAAGUCCUCUGUGUCUUUUGGCUCUCUGAGCAGUACCAUGGCGGUCAGCAAAAACAAGCGCCUUACGAAAGGCGGCAAAAAGGGAGCCAAGAAGAAAGUGGUUGAUCCAUUUCCUAAGGAAGAUUCGUAUGACAUGAAAGCACCUGCUAUGUUCAAUAUAAGAAAUAUUGGAAAGAUGCUAGUCACCAGGACCCAAGGAACCAAAAUUGCCUCUGAUGGCCUCAAGGGUCGAGUGUUUGAAGUUAGUCUUGCUGGUCGGGCACAGUGGCUCAGGCCUGUAAUCCUAGCACUUUGGGUGGCCAAGGUGGGUGGAUCACCUGAGGUCAGGAGUUCAAGACCAGCCUGGCCAUCAUGGUGAAACCCCCAUCUUUAAAAGUAAAUAAAUAAAUA